UCUCAAUUAUUGUGCCGAGUUCCAAGGGGAGCUGCCUUAGGAACUGACGAUCCAUGAUCCACUGCCUAGAAACUGACGUUAUUUGAUCAUUGCCUGGAUCAGAGGGGAAAUAGCCCCAGCAUUCUGUGCAAUCAGGAGCGAUAACAAGGUCGCAAUUAGAUGCAGUGUUGGCAGCGGGUUGAGCUCCUUACGGGUUGUCGAGUGUGUGGGAUCGAGGGGACAGUGGAUGAACGGUCAUCCAUUGAUCAGCCGAUUCAUAGAUCGAUGAAUUGUCGACUCAGAAAACAUCAAUUACUUACGACUAGAAGGGACGUGCCGAUGCUGAUAUUCGGAAAUGUGGAUGUCAUUGAACGGUCAGCCAUUGAUCUGCCGACUCACAGAUUGAUGAAUUCUCGACUUAGGAAACAUCAAUUGCUGACAACUAGAUGGGAGAUGUUGAUGCUGAUCUUGGGCGUCGUUGCUGGGCGGGUUUGGGCAAGUUUGCAGAGUGUAUUGGAUAGAAGGACGAAAAGAGAGGACGUCUCCUUCAAGCCAACGGCGGCAGCUGUGUCGACGACCUGGUAGAUAGAAGAAGUGAUCUGUUCUAGCACCGGAGUGGAUACAAUAACGCAGGGAAGGUUAACACUUCAUGAGGAGAAUGGAGAUGACUGCUAGUUUGGCCACAAUGCGGUGUAAUUACGUCUUGAGCUGGUUGUUUAUAUUUGUUACAAUGACUCUGCAGGGGGAGUCAUGGGCAGCGGGGCAGUCAUCGCUAGGCGUCCCUGUUGGCUUGUGCAAUGCAGGCACGGAAAUAUCGUGUGCUCGAGCUCGUCUGAAGGAAAACGCGGCCUGCAGAUGGCAGUCGCUCUGCGUCUCCAGCCUCGACGAAUGCAUCGGAUUGAAUAAGGCGCAAUGCCAAGGAAAGAAAUCUGGAGCCGAGAAUGUGCCCUGCGUUUGGCUCGGAACAACGGAGCAGGGACAAUGCAUGGGAGAUCCUAAACGAAGUCGCUGUUACAAUUCCACGUACAGCCCAUCAGGUUCAUGCGCCGCACGGCUUGUGCGGCAUGAGGGAGGAGCUGUGUGGCAGGAGGGAAACAGCGGAGGACGAGAAGCGGCGACGGAAAGGAAGACAGAGGCUUCUUGGGAAUGUGUCGAGGCUCGCGAAGUUGGCGUGUGCGUUCUCCUCCAACUUGAUGAGAAGGGAAGUUCGGCGAGCGAGAAUGAUGAACAUUCUUCUUCUUCUUCUUCUUCGUCUUCUUCUUCUUCUGCUGCUGCUGCUGUUCUCUCACAGUCUUCUUCCUCCUCCUCCUCCUCCGUUCUGUCUUUUUUGGAAAGCAUGCAAGACGUGGUUGGUACACGAGUUUACUUGCUAUGGUGGAGGGAGGUGAGGAGAGGACAGCUCGGAGGUCGAGGUACCGUGCAGGUGAUGGGCAAGGUGAGGAACGUUUCCCACAGAUACAAGGUGGGGAAGAAGGGUAUACGUGGUCGUUUACUGAUGGGUCCGCAAGGGACAGACGGGAGAACCGAGAAUCGUAAGGUCACUGAGAUACGAAAGUCUCUCCACGAACAGGCGCAGCCGUCAGGUGCCGCUUCGCAAUCAGGACUAUGGGCUCGGCAUUUAAAAAUGAGGGUUCUCAAGACGAGGAAAACCAAUUCAAGUGGCCUCUUUGAAAAGCUCAUAUUCCACCAUGCUGGAGUGCCGGGAUGGCCUAUGACGAUGAAGUCGAUGAAUAUGCAACAGGUCUUGGGCGAGGAAGGGAGUAGCGACAGCAAGUGUUCGUCAUACACGGAAGUAAGCAGUUGCAAAAGCACAUCUGGAUGCGAGUUCUUCAGCAUCUGCAUGGAAAAUCCAGUUCCUUGUAAACGAUAUGGGACUCAAGAGGCCUGCAAGGCGGCACCAGCGGUGUUGCGUUGCAAAUGGAAUCCUCCUCUUGCAGCAGUUGCUGGACACGGGAUGGUGAAUGGAAGUGCCAUUAUUUCCGAGGCUGGGACAUUUGAGAAUUUCUACAAAAGCUACAGUAACAAGCCGUCACACCCUCCACCCAUGAAAGAUGGUGAGGAAGAAGAAGAUGCGCAGACAACAAAGAAACCGCCGCGGCCUUCAUCGCCAAGCGAGGAUGAUGACGACCGGAAAUCAAGUAAGCCCACAAUGACGGUCUCUAUGUACGAGCCAUCCACAUCAUCCGGAGGAAAUGGCAAACCCGCCUUCUCCCAGUUGACAAAUCAGCCAUCUCUGAAAGCCGUGCCUAACAAGCCGUCGAUGGUGAGGAGAGAAGGAUCGGAAGCCUCAGAGGAGCAAAAUUUCAGGUUGGGGAAUUCAAAUUCAACUAUUUCUGCACACAGAGAGAAGGGUCUUGCGGGUGCUCCUCGCCCUGCUGCGAAUGUCCAAUUGGUGAAAGCCGCUGCAGCAGAAAUGGAGGAGCCGUCAUUCUGUGUCUCAGAGCUUGCAGAGCUGGGAGAAAAGGGUGAGUACAACAGGGAGGAUGAUUUCCAAACUGCAUGUAGAUUGCUGGGCACUGACUGUGAGAAAGACCCUCGUUGCAUAGAGUACACGGCUUGUGUACCAGAUCCAUGCGCCACCAAGUGCUGCAGGUUGAAAGACGAGUACCGUUGUAAUUCAGCUUCGAGCAGCAAUUGCGCAUGGCGGGCAAACUGUCACCCGGCAGAAGGCACCUUGCUGAAGAUCUUGAAGACCCUUCUGGCUAGGGGGCAGCACUACAGUGAGAUCUGGGUGGCUGAUCAAGAUUUCAACACACCCAGAUGAUUAUUAUUAUUAUUUAAUAAUUAUUUUUUUUUUUUUCUUCUGCUGCAGCGGCAGUUUGGCAGCAGUGAAGACUCCCCUAGCUAGGGGGUUGCGCGACAGUGCAAUCAGGGUGUCUGACCAAGAUCUCAGCCAACCCUAGAUUAUUUUUAUUAUUAUUUUUCUGCUGCAGCAACAGGCUGCCAGCACCUUGAAGGCCAAGCUCUUGUGGAUCUUGGUGAUCUUGUUGCUCUUGGCCAACAAAGAGCUUGGUAUCAC